CCGCCCGUCAGCAGGCCGCCCCUGCCUCCUGCCUCCGCUCGUAUUGUAGGGUGGUCAACAGAGGAAGGAUACUGAAGAGCCAAAAUGGGAGUAGAAAUUGAGACCAUAACUCCGGGCGACGGACGGACAUUUCCGAAGAAGGGGCAGCGCGUCGUGGUGCACUAUGUCGGCACACUGGCAGAUGGGAAAGUGUUUGACUCAUCGAGGUCCCGAGGGAAGCCGUUCAAAUUCAAGAUUGGACACCAGGAGGUUAUUAAAGGUUGGGAAGAAGGAGUAGCCCAGAUGAGUGUAGGUCAGCGAGCAAAGCUGAUUUGCUCACCAGAAUAUGCCUAUGGCAGCAAAGGUCACCCAGGGAUCAUCCCACCAAACGCCACUCUCACCUUCGAUGUGGAGCUCCUCAGUCUGGAAGCCUGAAACGUGCACUCACUUUAAUUCCACUCAAAUUUUCAGGGUUGACUCCUAUCUGGGGAACAUGGAGGAAAAACAUUAACAGAUGAUUCCUGCUCUUGAUCCCUACAUAGGACCUAUGUCUAUAUCUUCACUAGUUCACUCUCCUUUACAUUUAGAUACAAAAUAUUGUGUUCUGUCACUUGCUUUAAAACUUUAUCCUCCAUACUAUACUGUAGGUUCCAUACAGUAAUAAGUCAUAGGCCAUCCCAUCCCAUGUAUUUUUAUUCUGCUAUGUAUUUUUAUGGUGAUGUUUUUUGUUUUGUUUUUGUUUUUAUUUGACUGAAAAAUUUUAAAAAAUGUGUCUGCCAUCAGGACCAGGUUUCAGACAAGUGUCAUAAGAACUGAGUCAAUCUCAUUCCUGUGGCUUUGUGGCCUUUACACUAAAAUUGUAUUGAUUGCGGGUAAUGAAUUGUCUUGAAAAGAAAAAAAAGAAUAAAUUGUUGUUUGACACAAUCUUUAUAUGAAUUACCUUUGUGAUACUCGUUAUUGGGUUAAAUUCAAAGUAUGGAGUACAUUGUAACAGGGAUUCAUGAAUCAAGCACAUUAUUGCCAUGAACAGCCUACAGGUCUCUGCAGAUGUAGGAGUUUCUCUGUCUAUACUGCAGCAUCAGUUCUUAAUUUAAGAGUGAAAUGACUAUUGCUAGACAUUCACAACUGGACAUGUUUGGUCUUGUUGACUGCUUGUGAAACAUUUGGAAACUUUUUUUUUUUUUGUUUGUUUUUGCCAAAACAAAAGGUCUUAUGGGGAAAAAUAGUUUCUAAACUUGCAUGGAAAGUUCCCCCACAAAGAUUUGUAGGCACAUGUUGGGGUUUGUGAUUCUCUUUGUUUGAAGGAGUUGUGUGUAACAAGCUGUGGAUGUUGUAAAAGGUCUGUUCCUUACUCUAAACACAUUAAAAAGUAAUUUUAACACAAA